AUGGUAAUUUUCUUUGGUCGAGCACAAACCAGGCGAGUGACUGGAAAAGUAGUUGUGUUCGGUGCAACAACCAAUGUAGGCAAGCACCUUUCACUACUACUAACUCUUUCUCCGCAGGUCAAGGAACUGUGCUGUUUUGACCCGCUAAAUGACGUCACACUUCGUAUGACGGAGACACGUGUCCGCGGGAUUGUGAAGGACCUCUCACAUAUCGAUACUGGUGUUGUUUUGAGAGCUGUUGAUGACCCGCAGCAGUGGGAACCAGCCAUGAGGAACGCACAGUUGGUGCUUAUCUGCACUGGCAGCAUUCCCAACCCGAGUCGUCUGCAACGUGACCUUGCACUCGCGGAGUGUGCACCAGAGUAUCUCGUUGCGAUGGAAUUAGUGGCCAGGGCAGCUCCCCACGCCAUCGUUGGUAUCGCUUCUGGUCCUGUUAACUCCUUAGUGCCGUUAGCGAGAGAGGUGCUUCUGCGACACAGUGCAUUUGACCCACGCAAGCUUUUUGGCAUAACUUCACGUGAUGUUAUGCGAACGCGGGUUCUUUUUGCAAAGGAACUGCACAUGAACCCUUACGAUGUGAAUGUGCAUGUUGUAGGUGGAAAAGGUGAUGCUACUGUUUGUCCACUGAUUACACAGACGGGAUUCCAACUGCCACAUCAGCGAAUGGUACAGCUCUGCGAGGAGGUCCAACGUCCUGAGAAUUUUACAGCAGGCGACCACAACUCCACGGGGUGUCGCGUUGACAGCCAAAACGUUCAAGGCCAAGAAAAGUUUACGUGCCCCACCUUGUCGACUGCAAACGCAGCAUAUGAAUGGGUCACUUCGAUAAUGAAGGCACAACGUGGAGACCGUGGCAUUACCGAGUGCUCUUUUGUAGAAUCUUCGAUAAAGAGAGAGACGCCUUUUUUCAGCUCGCGCGUUGAACUUGGUGAGGAGGGCGCUGCGCAGCUUUUACCAUUGGGUGCUUUGACACCGUAUGAGGAGGAACUUGUGGCAGCUGCUGUGCCGCUGAUUGUGGAAGAUGUUGAAGCUGGUUUGCGUUUAUCCAAGACAGGGGUAGAUGCAGUUUCAUGA